CUGGAUUUCAGUUACCGAGUCUGCAGAGCGGCUCUGGGCGGCGCACUGCGCAGGCGCGAGCGUUUGGGUCUCGCCGCGCGCGGCGCUCGGUUGUAGCGGGAGUGAGUUCCUGGGCGCGGAGACCCGGCAGCGGGUGACGGAGCGAGGGGGUGACCGACCGCCUCCCCUACCGCCAUGGCAGCCCUGCGCUACGCGGGCCUGGACGACACGGACAGCGAGGACGAGCUGCCCCCGGGCUGGGAGCAGAGAACCACCAAGGACGGCUGGGUUUACUAUGCCAAUCACACUGAAGAGAAGACCCAGUGGGAACACCCGAAAACUGGAAAAAGAAAACGAAUAGCGGGAGACUUGCCGUAUGGAUGGGAGCAAGAGACCGAUGAGAACGGACAAGUUUUUUUUGUCGACCAUAUAAAUAAAAGAACCACCUAUUUGGACCCAAGACUGGCGUUCACUGUGGACGAUAAUCCUACAAAGCCGACCAGCAGACAGAGAUAUGACAGCAGCACCACCGCCAUGGAGAUCCUCCAGGGCCGGGAUUUCACUGGCCAAGUGGUUGUGGUCACCGGAGCCAAUUCAGGCAUAGGGUUUGAAACUGCCAAGUCUUUUGCCCUCCAUGGUGCACACGUGAUCCUCGCCUGUAGGAAUAUGACAAGGGCCAAUGAAGCUGUGUCACGCAUUUUAGGAGAAUGGCACAAAGCCAAGGUAGAAGCAAUGACCCUGGACCUCGCUCUGCUCCGUAGCGUGCAGCAUUUUGCUCAAGCGUUCAAGGCCAAGAAUGUAUCCCUUCAUGUGCUUGUGUGCAAUGCGGGGGCUUUUGCUCUCCCCUGGAGCCUCACCAAAGACGGCCUGGAGACCACCUUCCAGGUGAAUCACCUGGGACACUUCUACCUUGUCCAACUCCUUCAGGAUGUCUUGUGCCGCUCAGCUCCUGCCCGAGUAGUUGUGGUCUCCUCAGAAUCCCAUAGAUUCACAGAUAUUAACGAUUCCUCGGGCAAACUGGACUUCAGCCGCCUUUCUCCAUCUAAAAAUGACUACUGGGCCAUGCUGGCUUACAACCGGUCUAAGCUGUGCAACAUUCUCUUCUCCAACGAGCUCCACCGCCGCCUCUCCCCGCGUGGGGUGACGUCGAACGCCGUGCACCCUGGAAACAUGUUGUAUUCGUCCAUUCAUCGUAACUGGUGGGUGUACACGCUGCUGUUUACGUUGGCCAGGCCUUUCACCAAGUCCAUGUGUCUCCUUUUGACAUGAGUGUUGCUGGGGUACCCAUCGCAUUGCCCAAGGUCACGGAAUGGAGAAGCACAGCCCACCCUUGUGCUCGGAAGCCCUACCUUUGCUUCUCCACUGUAGCUGGCUCCCUUAAGUAUUAAACAGCAGUAUUCUAAUAUCAACGUCCCUUUUUUAUUUGCUGUGACUUGCUGUGACUACGGCGAUUUUAGUUACAGUAAUUAGGUCACCCUUCAUGGAGUCAGGCUAUUUUAAGUGCCUCUUUAAGGAAUAUUGUUGCAGAUCAGUAAUUUUACAAUUGGAUGUUCUUGUGCAACUUUAUUAAAUGUAAUCUGUCUUUUAAAUGUUGCCCUUUUACAGUUAUACAUUUCUAAUUGUUGCUGUAAAUGCAUUAUCACUUUGAAAUUAAUUAAUUUUUCCAUUUUGGCUGCCUGCAGUAUAAUAAUCACUAAUGAGAAACUCAUAGGGAUUAAUCUCAGCACAGCGACCCCUACUGGUAAGGCUGUGUCUUUGGCACCGCGUCCCCUUGAGGUCUGGAGGGUAGGACAAGUGUUUGAGGAGUCUGUGGGGGAAGCCUUUGUUUCCUUUCCCUCCAACUUGUGUAAAAAUAAAAAUAAUUCAUACCAAUGGGAAUAGGAUUUUUUUUAAGUAAUCUUUACACCCAUUGUGGGGCUUGAACUCACAACCCCCAAAUCAGGAAUCACAUGCUCUUCCUAUUGAACAAGCCAGGCGUCCGGCGAAUAGGAUUGUUGUAAAAUAUUGUUUAAAAAAUAUGCAGGACUCUAGUUCCUCUUGAAACAUCUUAAAGUUUGGUGGGAGCUUUUUGAUAAUGAAGUCACAUCCACCAUGGCUAUGUUAUACAUUAUUUUCUUGUCUCCCUAGCUGUCUUUUAUGCAAUUAACAUACUCUAAAAUUGUAUCUUGCAUAUGUGUGCAUGAAUAUAUACUGUAAGGAUAUAUAAAGUGCUCAUACCUUGGUAUUUCUCCAAGGAACUUAAUUCACAAAACCAGGCUUAUUGUAUUAUUGGGUGAUAGAAGAGAUUUCCAAUUUUGGCUAUUGGCAAUCGUUGCCACUUGGUGACUUUAGACUCCUGCUGUGCCCUCAGGUAGGAUGUGACUUUGCACCUUAGUCCAGACCCUGUGAUGCUUUAAUUCCUCACAACGGUUCCACACAAUGCUAGAAUGAUUAUCCUCCCCGGUAGUCAAGGAACACAGAGAACUCACCCACAUUGCCUUGAGACCCUCCACCGGCUCCUCCCAAGUACAUUUGCCUUGUCUGAUGCACCACAGCGUCCCCACUGUGUAGAUCUCCUCGUGCCGUUAUUGUUUCCUUUUUAAAAUGCUUGAGAGUACCUUCAUGAACUUAACUCUCGGCCUUUUCCUUUUUUUUUUUUUUUUUUUUUUUUUUUUUGCUUUUUCUUUUUCUUUUUUUGCCCCACGUAAACUUUCAGUUCUGGUAAACAACGCGUUAGCUCGAGUUCCUAGGUCCAAGCCAGCCCUUUGCAGAUCGGUAUGUAAAUUUGAAGCUGAGCUCUGUCACGUGCCUCUGAGGGUGUUUUGAGUGACCAAAUAUUUAUGUUGGCAGGUAACGGUAGAAAGAAUAUCAUGUGUUAGGGUAGCAGGAGCUUAGCAGAUGUUUUAGGGAGCUGCGUUUUCAAAUCAUUUUACAUUAAAAAAUGGCUCGAGUUUGUCGAACUUCUGGAAUGAUUGAGUUACGUUUCCUGUGGCCGUGUAGAGGCAGUCAUUGGGCUGAGUUUUAACAGAUGUGCGGCCACCCCGCUAAUGGAUGGAUCUGCACCACCGGUCCUGUUGCAAAGUUAUAAAUUAUAACUAGAAAAAGCACAAGAUGCCAUUCUUCUAACCUUCGCGAAAGCCAAGCUGGGUAAUUCUGCCCUUGAACGACCCGCCGCAGGGUGAUUUAUAGUUGUAUAAUUUAAAACAUAAUGAAGGAGAUAAUAGAUGUUGAUUUGUUCUUUAAAUUAGUGUUUUAGAAAAAUACUUCUCUUCCCCCCCCCCCCCCACUUUUAAAUACCUGCAGCUGACUACACUCCAGAUAUUAUCAAGGACAAAGCCCCGUUCGAAUCUUUACCCAUGCAUUGGAGGAGAAGGCAAGGGCCUUUUCCUGGGCUGGGAGGAGGAGAUAGAGUUUUCAAAGUAGAAAUUUCAGAAUAUUCCUCACUAAUGUAAAUGCUGGGGGACUCCCGAGUGAGGGUUGAGUUCUCUGGCUGCUUUGCCUUUGCCAGUCCAGAUAUGUUAGAAAACUAGACUCCUACGACCCUGCCGUGACUGGGCCGCACUUGACCUUUCCUGCAGAACCCCACAGGAGGACCUGUUGGCAGUGCUCUUCCUGCUGAGGUCACAUGGCCGCUAUCUCACACGUUCUGCUCGUUUUCCAGGAUUAUCAUUGGCAUUGGUUUUAUUAGUCACCUCUGAUUCCGUCCAGAGCUUGAAAGUGAACAGUGUUUGCUCAAGGUACAGCCCAAGGGAUAUGGUAGAGCGAAAAAGAGCAAAGCAUUUAGAACCAUUAGGACUAUAUUCAAAACUCAACGUUCUAACCUCAUGUGAUUAUAUAACUUUGAAAUGAUGCAUCCUUUGUGAGGUUCAUAUUCUACAUCAGUGUUCAUGUUUUGGGAUGUGAGUUAAUACUGCCCAAUUAAAAAUCUUUGGAAUAAUAUUGGUUUGUUUUUCACAUGUAUCCAGAAAUCCAGGGGCUGUUAGGGGUGUGUUUGGCUACUUUUAGGCAGCUUCUUUGUGCUUGUGUUAGCGUUUCCCUCAUGCUUAUAAGAUGGCUGCAGUAGCAGCAACCAUGGCAUCCUACAUGAUGAGGUCUGAAAGCAGAAUGGGAGGGAUGGGGCCCCUCCUUGAAUACCUCCCUUCUUUAUCAAGGAAGAGAACAUUCCAUCUCAGAGCAUUCCAUCUCAGAACUGUCUUCUGUAGCACUUUGCUUCAGCUCCCACUGGCCAGGAUUCAGAGUCGCUUGUCCAUAGCCAUGGUACAAGGGAGGCUGGGAAAGUGCAUUUCUGGCAUUUUGUGUCUCUAGGAUUGGAGGUGAGAUUGGUGGCAGAGAAAAUGGAUGGCACGAUGGCUUUUGAGCAGGCUCUGGUGAAUAAGUGUGCCUAUAGUUUUUCUCAUCUGUCAGGUGGGAAUCCUGUCUUUCUUAGGGGGUCACUGUGAAAGCACGUGAGAAUUGAAUGAAAGGAGCAUGGCCUUGUCUGGUCCCCUUCUAUGUGGCGAGCUUUACCUCAAUCUCAUUAGAGCUCAUUCUCCUUCCUUCUCAAGGAUGCUGAAGCAUACUUCCUUUAGUCUAAAACCCUCCCUUUCCUCCAGGUGUAGUUACUUUCUACUCGUCCUUCAAAGCUCAAUCCAAACAUCACAGCCCAAGGAAGCAUUAGAUCAGAAUGUGGUCAAGACUCCCUUUCUGUGCCCUCCUAAGGGCUGGUUCUCAGAAUACUGUCUGACACGCAGUAGUCCUCCGUAAACAUGUGCCCAAUGAACGAAUGAAGGACGCCCAGAAAUUCUCCUACAGAUCACUGGAAACAAACACAAUUUAGAAAAACAAUCUGUGCUGUUCUGUGUUUAAUGCCUUUCUCUCCCUCUCUUGAAAGUGCUGUUUUUGCAUUCACACCACUGUAUCCCUGGUCCAUAAAGUAAAUGCUCAGUAAAUAUUUGUAAAUGAAUAAAUGAAAGACGAUUAGGUGCUUAAUGAAUGACAGUCAUUAAGGCAUUCCUUAUCAUUACUCUAUCUGAGGAGGGCAGAGCACCGCAGUUCACAAUGUGCAGAUAGAGAAGCGGAUGAGGCUAGGGGGCCCGGCCUGCAUCCCACAGCUAGUACGCAGGAGAGCUGGGACCAGAACCCAGGCCUCCCAGCCUCCCGGCCAAGUGCCGGAUAAGGGGUCUUCCAAAGGGGUGUGUGUGGAGGGAAAUCCUAAGGAGAGAACCGGAAGGCGUGGGGAAGAGGCUGUAAAGCUGGGUGAGACCCUGGCUCUCCCUCCCACCUUACCUCUUGGGCACAUUUUCUAAGCUGAUUGAGAUUCGUGAACUGGAACGUUCGACCUACCUCAGGGGUUCUUGUUGAGAAUCGAAGGAGCUUAGGAAUAUGCUGCACCUAGAAUGUGCUCGAUGCUCAACAAACACUAAGUGUUACAACUGACACGCAUUGAGAAUUGAUGAGCAGUACGACACAGCACACAGAAUACGCUAGAUGCUCAAUAAAUAUUUAUUACUGUUGUUAUCAUCAUGUCUUUGGGCGAGUGACGGGUCUCUUCCCUUCCCCUCGAGUCGAUGUCUGUCCUCCCAAUGACGGCUCUGGGUCUGUUCCUGAAGGUCUCAUACCCCCGCGAGCACUGAGCACAGAAACACCACCCACCAGCCUGAGGAACACGCAGAAUGACCGCCGGGACCUGACGGGUUUCCGUGGUGCGUAUCGCAAGCCCUCCUGGCUGCCUGUUUGAAGCCACCAACUGCACACUUAGCUUUGAGGGAAGAUCAGCCCUUGCUUGUUGAAGACAAAGACAAGGGAAAUACGCGUGGCUCUGUGAGGCCACAGCCUCUCUUCCUGGCAUCUUCUCCGCCUGGCUUUUCAGCGUUUCAAGUCUGGUUAGGCCUUUGUUCCCGAAUGAGCACUCUGGGGGGGGGGGGGGGCGGGGGGGAGUGACGAUCUGGCCUUAAUAUGUGUGACAAAUUAUUUAAUGAACAUUUAGCCAAGAUUUGAAAUUCCCCUAGUUUUAUCUUCCUCGCCUCCCUUUCUUCUGCACCCCUGCCGGCGUUUUGGUAACGCGUGGCCUCAUCCCCGCUGCCUCGCUAGCUCUUUCAUUGCUUUUAAGUCCGUGGUGCCGCCUUUGAUCCUCCCCUCUCGGUUUCCUUUUCUCCAAUUUCAUGCUUUUUUCCAGCGGGUUUUGGCUGGAGUGCAGUGUAGACGUCGGAGGCCAGCACGAUGAGACAGACGCCAGGAGCUUGCGUGGCCCCGUGACAGCACUUCUGCCACGUGUCCUCUGUGGACGUUGAUGUCUGUGUCACUCCCCAGACGCGCUGAUCGUUCCUUGGGAGGUGGGCGGCUCAUGUGUGUUUUUGGCAGCAAGAAAAAGAACUCACAUCCCGUGUUCUGAGUUGUAGAGAAACUGAAACCCACGCCCGCCCCCGCCCCUUCUUGAGACACUAAGAAAAUCAGUUCCGGUGGUCGUGUCACAUGCAAAGGUACUCGGGGCCAGGCUCCAGGCUCUGGGUCUUACAUCUUUAUGUGCCUUGUCUCACUUAAUGCCAUCUUAGAGUUUGCUGUCAUCAAACAAUCGUGUGUCUCUGAGCACAUCAUUUGCCCUCUCUGUGCCUCAGUUGUGUCAUCUGUAAAAUGAGUCAGUUGACCAGAUUAGUCAAAUUAGUCCCAUGGCUUGUGUGGUUUACGGAUUUUAGAGAAUGGGUAUAAUCUGAAAGGAAGUAAGAAAGGGAUACUAAUGUAGGUUCGUACCUUUUUAUCCCGAAAACAUGAAAAACAAACCCACCACCAUUGACUUUCAGCACCGUUUUUUAAGGAAUGGGUAUUUUAACGCCAAAAAGUAUAAACAGGACCCGAUUGUGGACCCAAAAGCAGACCUCGCAGUGGACGACGUUUGACUUCAGGAAAACUCCUGAUGGUGUCACUGCUGUGUUGUUCUUGAAAGUCCUGGGCCUGCCCUUGGGAAUGACCGGCCCAGAAGACCCCACAGGUCCAGACUCGCGGGAAAGCCAACUGCGUCUCACUUCAUUGUCAUGAACCCGAGGUGAGACCAUCAGAAACGCGGACCUACCUAGACUCCCCAGAGCUGAGUAAAGCACAGUGCAGGGACGCGAGGUUUGAAUCUGGGUAUAAGCUGACCUAGUGUAAGUGAUCUUUUUCCCCCCACAAGCACCUGUUGCAGCCUGUGCACUUUUAUAAAUAUGACACCCCAUCUUCUUCCGUCCCGGUUUCUGUGGGUUUGGAACCCGGGGCCUGGCUUCCGGGUCGGCUGCCAGACCACACUUCCUGGGUGAGCCAGAUUGAAACCGUCUCAAGGCUCAGCUGGAGAGGGGUCCACUUCCAGGGUCCCGUGCUGGUUCGCAGGAUUCAGCUCCCUGUGGCCCAGUAGACUGGGGACUCUCUGGUUCCUCCCUGGCCAUUCGCUGGAUGCCUCUUUGUCCCUUCCUUGCUGCCCAGGCCUCCCCACCGUGGCAGCUUGUUUCAUCAGAGCGCGGAAGCCGAGGAGGAAACAGUCUGUCAGCGUGAUGAAGUCCCGGUCCUUCGCAACCUUACCACAGAAGUGACACCUCACUACUUUUGCCCGUUCUGUUUGUUAGAAGCAAGUCCCUGGGUGGGACCCGCAUUCACAGAGAGAGGAUUUCACCGUAGCGUGGAGACCGGGAGGCAGGGAGCUCUGUGAGGCUGUCACACUUUACGAGUCCAGUUUCGUUGGUUUUUUCCAGUGCCUUUUGGUGACAGAUUUGCUUCCAGGCUUCGAUAUUUCCUGGCCUUGCGCCAUGGCAGUCCUUACUGACACGCUUCUGUCUGCCUUGCUGUUCUGCUCGGGUCCUUUCUACGUUCUUGUCUUCUUCCCUCUUUCUGGGCCGCAAGAGGUACCAGAUGCCCCCACUUUGUUUUUUCUAUAUUUAUGCAUUUCUGCCUCACGGUGGGAGAUAAGAUUUAGUCUUUUAAUAAGAGAGCUUAUGGAAAAAAUAAAGAAACGUGUGGAUUAUGUUUCCGAAAGUCAAGUAUUUAUUUUCUUGCUUCUUUAGUAGAGGGGGCCAUGUUAAUCGAUGGCCCAAAUUUUCUUCCUAAAGAAACGUGUGUUGCCGAGUUUUGAUUCAAGUUUCAAAAAUUGGCCACAGAAUUUGAACUUUUUUUUUUUUUAAAGUCAUAAAGCUAGAUAAAAUUCAGCAAUCAUUUCAAAGUCCACGUAGAAUAUUAUUCUUGUUGCAGUCUAUGUAUAGUCUCUAGGAUUUGUUGUUUCGGUUUUGGGGUUUAUUAUUAUUAUUUUUUUCAGCAGCAAUGUAAGGGGAAGAAACACUUUCAUUUUGCUGUUUUCAGAAAAUAUUGUAGAGAUUGAUAUUGAAUGUGUUCAUGUUAUAAAACCUCUCCUUUAGAAAGUAUAAUAAGUAAAAUAUCUUAGUAAUAUACUAAUAUUCCCCUGUGAAAUAUCAUGCUUUUUUUCUCUUUUUUUUUACUGAGAUGGGGCUUUUGUUUCGCCACAUACUGCCUUCUACACCGCUUGAGACAUUUCAUCUCCAAGUUUCAUAGGAUGGGGUCUCUUUAAUCAUUUACAUUUUGAAAAAAAAAAAAGAAAGUGAAAUAUUCUUUAAGAAGCCAAAG